AUGAUUUCUACAGAUGUGGGCAAAACCACUAGGCUACAUGAGCGCCCUAUUCAUUCUGACCCCAUCAUGGCUGAUACUAGCAAUGCAGUUGUCGAGCCUUCCAUUCCGGUUGUUCCUCCUGAAGGGUCGGGAGAGGUAGCACUUAUUCAAUCUGAUGCUAUGUUGGUUUGUACAAUCGCUCGUCCCUCUAUCAGUGUUCCCAACCUUCAUGUUGAUGUUGCAAGGCUUUCUUUUCGCCAGAAGUUAUUUGGCUUAGGAUUUGGUUCUGGGAAAACUAAACCCAAUAUUUUGGGAGCUAUGCCAACCGUUAGCACUCUUGUUGAGGCAAAUCAUUCUUCAAAGGAGAAUACCAAACUUGAGGUUAUUGAUACUAUUUAUUUGGACUCCUUCCUACCUACUUCAAACCAAUUUGUCAUCGAGGUUGAUGCCAACACUGUUACCCCCAUGUAA